AUGAAGUCCUUCGUUUCUAUCGCUAUUCUGCCCCUUGCCGUUCAGGCUGUGAGGAUCGUGCAAUCCAAUGAUGAUGGCUGGGCUGAGUCGUAUGUCCGUACCUUCAAUGACGCUUUGAACAACGCGGGCUACGAUGUUGUUCUUUCUGCCCCUGCUGAGAACAAGUCUGGCAGCAGCUCUAGAGACGAGAGUCCCAAGGAUCGCAAGACUGCUUGUCAGUACGACAGCUGUCCCGCCAACAGCGGUCCUGUCGGUUCUGCCCCUAAUCGACCUGAUCUCAACUGGGUCAACUCUUUCCCCGUCACUGCUAUGAAGUACGGUAUCGACACCUUUGGUCCCCAGCUGUGGGAUGGCGAGGCUCCUGAACUUGCUGUCGCUGGUCCCAACGUUGGUACAAACCUCUGGCUUCAGGUUCCUUUCUCUGGUACCGUUGGCGCAGCUUGUUACGCUGCCAAAGAAGAAGGCAUCCCUGCAAUUGCCUUUUCCGGAGCUUCAGGCGGCAACACUGCUUUUGACGCCAAGCCCGUUCCCCAGCGCAGUCUCGUCUACGCCGAACUCGCUACCACCCUCGUCAAGAAGGUCGUCGACUCUGGAAAGCCCUACCUGCCCAAGGAUGUCUACCUCAACGUCAACUUUCCCAAGGUUGAGGGCAAAUGCACUGAUGCGUCCAAGUUUCAGUGGGUGCUGACCCGUAUUAACACUGGCUUGUUGUCGGACCGUGAUACUGAGUGGUGUGGCGAGGACCGUCUUCCUACCGAGACUGAGAUUGCUCUUAAGAGUGGCUGCUAUGUUUCUGUUAGCGUUGGAGAUGCUGCCGAUAAGACUACAGCUGAUGCUGCUCGACAGAAGGUUGUCCUUGGUAAGCUCAAGGACAUGCUUGUUUGUGUCGAUUAG